AUGUUCGCAAUUAUAUACUAUCUAAUUUUAGCAGCGUUGCUGGUAUCUUCAUGCACCGCAUCCCUGCACGGUGCAGUUUCAACACAAUUUCAACAACUAGACCCUCAUGCACAUACCUACUCAUAUGGAUAUGCUGAUCCCAACUCACAGAAGCAAGAGACCCGUUCUCACGAUGGGGUGACCCGUGGUUCCUACUCUUACGUUGAUGGCAGCGGACACAUACAGUCGCUUUCAUAUGUUGCCGAUCCACACCAUGGUUUUAAUGCUAUCGGAACGAAUUUGCCGAAGUCUCCAUUACCUCAAGAUACUCACUUUGCCGCCAUUCACGCCGCUGCUGCUCACUCCUACGUGCCAUACGCCCAACAUUAUCCACAACACAUUCCGGUUUUGACUCAUGACGGAGUUCCUGUAGACACUCCAGAAGUGCAACAUGCUCGCGCUGAGCAUUAUGCUGCAUAUGCUGCUGCUGCCGCCGCCGCAGCUGCGCAUCCAGAUCCUCAUGAUCCGCACGUUCAUCAUUUGUAUAAGCGUUCACUAUACGGACAUUCUUGGAACUAUGCGCACCAAAACGCUUUGUCCCACAUUCCGUUGACUCAUGGUGGAGUCCCUGUGGAUACUCCUGAUGUACAGGCUGCCAAGGCUGAACAUUUUGCCGCGCAUGCUAGAGCUUUAGGUCAUUCGACACAUGCCCAUGGUGCGCCCGUAGACACACCAGAAGUUGCUCAUGCUAAAGCUGCGCAUUAUUCUGCACACGCUGCUGCUCGUGCAGGUCAUUCUAUUGGUCACGCAGUACCUGCACAUGGUUACCACAUUCCUGUGAUUCACAAUGGGGUGCCGGUAGAAACGCCAGAAGUGCAACAUGCUAAGGCAGCGCAUUAUGCCGCUGUCGUAGAAGCGUCAGCACGAGCGGGUCAUGGUGGUUCACACGACGAAGGCCGUCACUACGACGGGCGAUGGGAUGGCCCAUAUGACGGUGGUUAUGCGGGCAGCUACAAACAUCCAGGACCUAUCCACAUCCCAAUCAUUCACAAUGGCGUACCAAUCGAGCCACCGGAAGUGCAACAUGCCCGUGCAGCACACUUGAAUGCUUUGGCCGCGGCAAGUCACGGUCCGGGACGAGAAGAUUAUUACAGCCAUGAAAAUGACGGCCAGUACAACUCCCACCAUUACUAAUUUCUGACAAUUACGCGUAGAAUAACGAAUUAAACACAUACAUACUUAUUAUCUCACUGCGGAUUAUCGGAACGGAAAGGAUUGAAUAUACAUACAUACAUAAAUGGAAUAACAUUAUCAAGAAACGAAUUACAUAUAAGUAAGCAGUAUAAGAAGUAUCGAAACGGGAAAGUAUAUACACAAUGCAAGA